AUGGGUUCAGCGAAAUCAGUUUUCUCGCUUCAUGUAACGGAUCCUCAUUUUUUCAACGCUCUCAUCUCUUUCUGGAAGCAUUGCCUCUAUACUAGUGUGAUAAGACUGGAUGUCAAGCCUCAUCAAUCUCAGCCGAUGAAAGAUAUGCCCCUAGCCGCGUGGCAUGCUGUGAUUUAUAAUACUAAUUACACAUUUUCAAUUGUUAUCAUGGAUAGGUGUGUUGCACUUCUUGCUCUAUCAGCUGUUAAUGCUGCUGAGAACAAAAAGGCUGAACUCAAAUCAGCUGAAAAACCCAAACGCAGUCUUGGUCAUGACUUCAGUGGUCUCCAUAGCGUAGGAAUUGAAAGAAUAAGUGGACUGAGUGGAAUCAGCGGACUUAGUGGGAUUUCGACACAUUCAGUCUACGGAAGUGGAGGUCUUGGUAGUGCAGCCGGUUUGGGACUUGGUAGCGCAUCUGGAUUGGAAUUUGGCAGCGCAUCCGGUUUAGGAGUUGGUAGCGCAUAUGGUUUGGGACUCGGUGGAGCUUCCAGUAACGGACUCGGUGCUGUAUCCAGCUACGGGCUUGGUGGAGCAUCGGGUUACAGUCUUGGAGGUGUAUCCAGCUACGGAAUUGGUGGAGCAUCAAGCUACGGACUUGGUGGAGCAUCAAGCUACGGACUUGGUGGCGCAUCCGGGUACGGAAUUGGAGGAGUAUCCACCUACGGACUCAGUAGCGCUAUAUCAUCUGCACUUGGAUCACGCCACGUCGGACCAAUUCCCCACACCCAUGAAUAUCGCCAAUCAUCUCAACACGUCCCAAUCAAAGUACCACAACCUUACCCUGUAACUGUUACCAAAUCUGUACCUGUGCCACACCCCGUACCUGUAGAAGUACCAAGACCUUAUCAAGUGCCUGUACAUGUUAGGGUUCCAGUGGAAGUUCCCAGACCAUAUGAGGUGAAAGUUCCAAAACCUGUACCUGUACCAGUACAAGUCAGAGUUCCCGUAGAAGUACCAAGGCCAUACCCUGUUGAGGUUUCCAAACCAGUACCAGUCGAAGUAGAAAAACGAGUAUUUGUCAAAGUACCAGUCUCUGUACCAGUAUCAGUACCACAACCCUACACAGUCCAAGUACCAACACCCGUACAAGUGAGAGUACCCACUCCAGUAUAUGUCAAAGAACGCAAAUACGUUCACACUUACAAGAAUGUUGACCAUGGAUUGAUCAAAAACCACCCAAUCAACGCAGGAGUAGUUGGAGGUGGAUUAGCGAGUGGUGGAUUAGCGAAUGGUGGCUUGGUCAGUGGUGGAUUGGUCAGUGGUGGAUUGGUCAGUGGUGGAUAUUCCAGUGGUGGAUAUUCCAGCGGUGGUCUAGAGGGCAGUGGAUUCUCCAGCGGUGGAAUUGUCAGCAGUGGAUUGUCCAGCGGCGGGUUAUCCAGCGGUGGAUUGAUUAGUGAUGGAUUAGUCGGUGGUGGAUUAUCAGCCAGUGGAUUGUCCAGCAGCGGAUUGAUCGGUGGUGCUUCGUCCUACAGUAGCGGAUGGAAUUCUGGAUCCAGCGGAAAUUGGAACUCCGGGGUCGUCCACUCAUCCACUCCUGUUUCUAUUGAACGAUUCCACAGCAAAUCUUUGACCGAAUCAGCUUUUUGGGGUAUCACUUGUGUUAGGUGCUUCAGUAGAAUAACACAUACACACACGAUGAAGGUAUUCCUGUGUGUAGUACUUUUGGCCGUUACUGCUGCCGCCUCUUCUUCAACCAAAAAAGAAGAGAAAAACAAGCGCAGCUUGAUUCCUGGAUUAACGUCAUAUGGAAGCUCUUUGGGAUCAGGCUCUUCUUGGUCUCACCACGGAAGCUCGUUUGGAGGUCUGGGGUAUAGCAGUUCCGCUGGCGGAUUGGGCAUCAGUUCCGGAAGUGCAUUGGGUUUGAGAAGCGGAGUAGACAUCAGUUCCGAUAGUGGAUUGGGUCUCAGCUCUGGAAGCGUAUUGGGUCUCAAUUCUGGUAGCGGGUUGGGUCUCAGCUCUGGAAGUGGACUAGGUUAUAGUUAUGGCAGUGGAUUAGGUUUAUCAUCUGGAGGCGGUUUGGGGCUCAGUUCCGGUAAUGGACUCGGUUACAGUUAUGGCAGUGGAUUAGGUUCAUCCAUCUCAUCCUCCUACGGUAGUGGAUUGGGAUACGGUUCCGGUAGUGGAUUGGCUUACGGAAGUGGAUUUGGUUAUGGUAGUGGAUUAGGAUACGCUUCUGGCGCUGGAAUCCCAAUUGUUGGUGCUGCAGUCAGCCAAGAAGUAGCCAAACAUACAGUACAUAACAUUGUUAACAGAAUUCCUGUUGCUUACCCACAACCCUACCCAGUCCCUGUCACCAAAACCGUACCAGUUCCUCAGCCAUACCCUGUAAAAGUAGACAAACCAGUACCAGUUCAAGUACGUGUGAACGUACCAGUUCCAGUAGAAAAACCUUAUCCAGUUCACGUACCACAUGCAGUGCCAUACCAAGUUAAAGUCAGCGUACCAUACCCAGUUGAAAAGCCAUACCCCGUUACCGUUACCAGAACCGUGCCUGUUCGUGUAGAGAAGCCCGUAUAUGUAAAGGUUCCAGAACCAGUCCAAGUACCAGUUGCCCAACCCUACCCCGUACAUGUACGCAAACCCGUUCCUGUAUCCGUUCCACACCCAGUGGUAGUCAAAGUUCCCGAAAUUGUUAACAUUCAACACGCCAUCCACAGGGCCGCAGUUGUUACCCCAGUUGUAGCCCAUCAAGUUCAUCAUGUCAGUACCCCAGUCAUUUCCAAAGUUGAAGGUGCUGGUGUCAGUGCUGGAUAUUUGGGAGCAGGUGUUUCUGAAGCUAGCGGUUUCAGCUCUGGUAUCUAUGGUGCAAGCGGUUUGAGCUCAGGUGUUUUGGGAGCAGGCAGUCUGGCUUCUGCCGAUUUGAGUGCAGGAAGUAUCAGCUCAGGGGUAAGCGGCUUCAGCUCAGGGGUAAGCGGCUUCAGCUCAGGUAUUGCAGAAGGAAGUGGAUUGAGCUCUGGAAUCGUGAGUGCAAGUGGUUUGAGCUCAGGUGUGUUGAGCAGCGGUUUAUCCGACUCUGCUUCUUGGAGCUCAAGUGGUUUGGGUUCAUCUUCAUGGAACUCUGGUCUAUCCGGGUCAGGUAUAACUGGAUACUCUAGUGGAAUCAGCAGCAGUCUACCAAGCUCCUGGUCAAGCAGUCACAACAUCAUUGCACGAGGUACCGCAAAGAAAGCAACAGACAAGAAGCAGUAACUGUGAUGUAUGAUGAAAUAUUUUCGAUUUGAUUUUCUUUAGCAAAAUGUACAACAUUCUUUUCUCUUGUAAUAAAGUGCUUACAAUGUGAA